AAUUAUGUGACACGACCUUGGUGUUAUCUAAGAGGAGUCGACAUUUUAGGGUUUCCCCCAAGAUGGAAAGACUUUAUCGAUAUUUUCUGUUUGUUGUCAUUGUAUUUAUAAUAGCCAGUUGUGUCAUAAAUUUUUCUUCGAUAUUUCGGUGCACUUCACUUCAAAAGAGGGAGCUGUCUAAAGCCGUUCCGUGUGUUCCCGUGAAAUCUCGCGGAAGUGCACGAGACGUGGUCAAAGUGCUCCGCAAGGAGACGUCACCAAACUUGACUUCUGUGUGGGACGCCGCAUCAGGUGAAGAUCGAAUUUAUCAGCAGAUUACUUACAGACCGGAAGUGGACUUGUCUCGUAAUAGGAUUAUUUUGAUAUCUGGAAGCGGAGAUUUUGACAUUCCAAGAGGGCAAGAGAAAUUUAUCCAAGACCAAUGUCCGAUUAAAAAUUGUGAAAUACAUCGCGACGAUUCAAAGUCAUUGAAAGCCGAUGCAAGGCUUUUCAAUAUUCAAAUAAGUAACAGUGAAUUAGUUUUGUUCAAAAGAAACCCAGGUGAAAUUUGGAUCCUCUAUAUUUUGGAGGGACCACUGGCUACGCUUGAUUACACUUUAUUGGGUGAGGUCUUCAACUGGACUGCGACUUAUCGCCAUGAUUCUACGAUCGUAGCACCGUAUGAAAAAUGGCAUGCAUUUCAGGAGGGAAAAAAGAACCAAACUUUGUCUGUGAAAAACUAUGCGGCGGGAAAGAAGAAACUGGCUGCUAUAUUUGUCUCCAACUGUGAGACCAGUAACAAUAGAAUGGGGUAUGUUCGCGAGUUACAGAAAUACAUGACGGUCGAUGUGUAUGGCGCCUGUGGACACCAUCAGUGUGAUAGGUCUUCGGAGCUGGAGUGUUUUGAGAUGCUGAAGAAGGACUAUAAGUUUUAUCUAGCUUUUGAAAAUUCAAACUGUAGAGACUACAUCACGGAGAAGUUUUUCAGAAACGCACUAAUGAAUGACGUAGUUCCGGUGGCGAUGGGUGCACACCCAGACGACUAUGCAAGAUCCGCCCCGCCAAACUCAUUCAUACACGUUGAAGAUUUUGAAUCUCCUCAGCAUUUAGCGCGUUAUCUAAAAGUUUUAGACAAAAAUGAUGAACUUUAUAAUGAUUACUUUAGAUGGAAGGGAACUGGAGAUUUCAUAGACACGAAAUUUUGGUGCAGGUUAUGUGCAAUGUUGAAUGACCUCAAUAAGCCAGAGCUCAUUAUCCGCGAUAUUGCAGCAUGGUGGAGACAACCGGAAGUGUGUAUACGAGGAGACCAAAGAUGGCGGAGGUGAUGUUUCCUCAAUCUAGAUUUGUUUGUUCAGUUCAGCCCUUUACAGUUGAAAAUCGUUUGUUUGUUUUAUGAAAGUUAUAACCAUUGUGUUCAUGACGGCUGGUAGCGUCUAAAACCAAAUGAAAAGACGGGCGUUAACUAUUUGAAUAAAGUCGUUCGAUGACGACCCGUGACGUCAGACUAAUGAUAUUCGACAAGGAACGACUCGCGGUUGGUGAUAUUUAUGAUAUUUAAUGUGAUAUGAGGUGAAAAUUGUACAUCAAAUUUGAUUCCAAAUAGUUUUUUCUAUUCAUUUUACAUGUAUAUACAUGUAUCUACUAAGUAGAUUUGAUUUUAGUAAAUAAUUUUGAAAUGUUUUAAGUUGUAAACUUGUGAUGUUGCAAAAUGGAACGAUUGUCAUUUCUUAAACUAUCCGUCGGGUAGUUUAAAAUUUAAAAAUUGAGACAAAUGAUACUUUUUGGAAUGGACGCUUAAAAACCAAGAUUCCAUUAUUUAGGUUCUAUUGCAGCCUAUUUUGACAUUCGUAAAUAAAAAGUAAGAAACUUC